UACGCACCUUAUCAUCAGCAUCACAUCUGCAACCUGUGCGACGUCUUCAGCAGAUAUGCGCCUGACUUCCAAGACUUUCCACUCCACGUGUUCGAUCCAGGGAUGCUGCACUACGUCCACCAGUACUUCACAGGGUUUCCCCUCGCUCCCUACAGUGUGGCGGAUUCAAUCUACGCGUUGACGGAGCAGCUUGGACAUUAUGCGCCAUUGUACGGCUACGGCAAUCGGCUCAUAUGGUCACUCCGUGACGAACUGGAGGAUCUGGCGAGCAAUGUCCGGGGAGGGUGGAUGCCUAACCGGAGGAGUACUCCUGCGCCCUGGACCGGUCCUGUUUUAAAUGGUUCCCCAUGGCCUUGGAACGGUCCUGACCACUAUAACACUCCGAGUCCGUGGACUGGCCCCGGCGCAUGGAUGCCACCGUACCGACGGAGUGCUCCUACCUCGCGGAGAUACGUGUGGAAGCCUAGGAUUACUGGUUCGUCGUGGGUUGAUGAUGACUAUGAUGAUCCUAGCUUCCUUCGAGGUUCGCGAGGCCAGAAAGCACUAUGCGCUUGAUAGGUUAUGGUACGACAGGCUGUUAAGUGGUGCUUACGGGGGAGCGAUGCUAAUGGGCGGCGAUAACUGUCCGAGGACUGGCAUCUUCAAUGAUCGUCGCUUCUUGUCAUAUGUACUUGUUUAGAGAGUAGAAGCACGUCAAGUGCGACGCGUCGUUUGAACGCGU